AUGCACACGUUGCCGCGCGACGAGCGUUUCCAGUAUGAUCGUCGUAGCGAAGAAAUCCUGGGCGAAACGUUGGCGGCGUUCAAGGGUUUCGACAGUACUCGGUUGAACCCCACAGAGUGGAAAUUUCUGGCCAGACGCGAUCAAAUCAUAGUGCACCGCGCUGUAUCAGCCACUCGCCAGGGCGUCGACAGUCACAAACGUCGAGUCAUCGCCACCGGGUUCCUUAACGCGCGCUUAACGGACGUUCUAGGCGGUCUCUACGUCGAAGAUGACAACGAGUUGCUGACAACUCAAGCUAUAAUGAUUCCAAGUGGAUGCACAGCAGUGGACGCUGCCGUGCUUAUGGUAGCCGAGAGGAGACAAGUUCGAGCGACUCCGUUCCGGUUCGCAGGCGUGAAAUGGUAUUCGUGGAAGAGAAAUGUCAAUAUUGGUAGUCCUAAUUUGAGUAUUGGCGAGGGACAGGAGUGUGAUUUAUUGACGUACGAACGCAUGGGGAUUGCGCUGGCGGAAGAAAGUGGCAAAGAAGGAAGUCAGGAAUUGGCUUAUCAUGUGAUACUGUCACUAAACAAGCCGGAGUGGCCGUUAAAUGUGGCUCGAGGACCCGGAUUACGGCGAGCGGAUAUGGCCUUUUGUUUCUUGUUUCGUAAAGUGUGUGAGGACUUGGUGGAGUGUUUUACGUUAGUGGAUUAUGACUGUCGGACCGCUGCGUCGUCCAGAAGAGCAGCAGAUACAGAGAUGGCGGACAGGAUUCUCAUGAUUACGAGAUUACCGGAUUGUGCACAUGCAAAGAUACUUUCAGGGUUUAUACGGAAGGCAAAAGGUCGACAAGUUCUGAUGAGUAAGACGUGUCUGCGAUGUGGAUCAAAGAGGAAAGUUCUGGAUCCAUUGCGUUCGUGCUGUAUCUGCAAGAAAUCAGUGUGUCACAAAUGUUACGAGCUGAAGGUUAUUUUUUCAAUGAACUCGCGGACGCACGAGCCGGAGACGGACACGUUCUGUAAGAAGUGUCUGGCUCGAAUAGCUAUUCUAACAGCAAAGAAGAAAGCGCAGCAUAAUACCUCGGCUUCUGCUAACAGCAGUAGUAGCUCCACGGGUGGGAGCUCGAGAGAUAGGGACAAAGAAAGCCAUUCGGGAGGAUCCAGCGAAAACAAGAACAACUUUAAAUUCUGGAAGAAGAGCAAGGAUAAGAGGUUACCAAGUCCACGAUCAGAGCUGAAUAGGCGGAGACAUAGCUUACCGGCGACAAUGAUCCGACGAGCAGAAGAACAUACGCCAAACUACGAAGGAUUAUUCCAGAACUAUGAUGUUUUCGGGCGAGCUAGCGAGAAUCCGCGGCGAUGGGAUCAAUACGAAGAGUUACGACUGGAGGAAGAGCAGGAACCGGAAAAGGAGCAUGAAAACGUUGAGCCUCAGCGUGAGAAGCGAUGGAGGCAGACAACAUUUCUUGCGAAUCCCGAGGCGGCAGCAGCGGAGGCAGCAGCGGCUAACCGCUUGUCCGUGGUAAAGCAAAGAGUGAUCACCUCAGUGAUCAGAGAAAGAGAAUACUCGGUGGCAGAGGUCUACCCUGUUGCGAAAACUGUGCUGAAGACCGAUAAUUCCAACUCAGAGGACGGAGACUCGCCCCAUAGUGAAGCCGAGCGAGCUCAUCAUUUAUAUCUGGAGCGACGACAACGACUGGAGCUGGAUGGCCAACAGAACUUGUGUCGUCGUGAAGUCAUCUCAAGACCCCACCCCGUGCAAGAAAUUUCAAAACCAGCUUCACAAUAUGCUAACAAGUCAAGUGCGGAGACAGAAAGUGGCGCGACACCAGUAGUCCAAGGUGCCAGAAAUACUGCAUCAUCAACUCGUGAGUCUAUCAGAAGAACCAGGAGAGCUCGUCAACAGGAGAGCGACGAUACCUUCCGAAUGGACCUCUACGGUCGCUUUUAA